AUGUCACAAGAGCGGCCAACGGAGCCGGCUCUGCCACCCCGAAGCCCCAUCAUCCACAAUAUCGCUCUUGCGGGAGCCAUCAUCACACCGCUGGUCAUGCUCUUACCGCCAAGGAAGAUGGACAUACGGUUCUUCGUGCUGGCAGGAACGUUUUCCCUCGCCACCAACCAGCUCGCAUACGAAUACACCGGCCAGUCGAUAUAUGGACGAUUCGGCAACCGAGUCGGCAACGUCUUUGACAACAGCCUGCCAGAGGGCGCGAGGAAAACACAGCUCCUCCUGAGGGAGCAGAAAGAGAAGGAGGCCGCAGAGAAACAACGACAAAUGCAAGAGAAGAACAAGACUGCUGGCAUGGUGAAGGAUAUCUGGAUGGGAGGCGAGUCGGAGGACUGGCAGGAGAAGCGUGCGGAGGAGCAUCGGAAGAGCAUGGAAGAGGGCAAGGGGCUGAGCGGGAUUAUCUUUGAACAGAUUGCGGAUGUAUGGAAUGGGAACUAUGGGAAGAAGGCGGCCAAGAAAGAAGAGGACGCCACAGCAAGCAACAAGUCGGAAAAGAAGUGA